CCUGCUGGGACGUGGCCUUUAUGUCACUGACCUACCGGAGGAGUUUCCUCUCGCUCCAAAUCAUGACACUACGGAGUUUGGAGUACUCCAGGACCGGACUCCAGAAAUCUAGAGAAUACAAGGGAUUCUGUUUUCUUUCUGAGGGGUUCUUUCCUCAGCAAAUUAACUUCUGACAAAUUUCCGUUUCCGGUGGGCUCGUUGCCUUGGAAACCAACACACUCAGCAAUCAUGGCGGUUCUGGCCGGGCUGAGCUGCGCGCAGAUCCCCGACGGUGAGUUCACCGCGGUGGUGUACCGGCUCAUCCGCGAUUCUCGCUACUCCGAGGCCGUGCAGCUGCUGGCCGCUGAGCUGCAGCGCAGCCCCAAGAGCCGCGCCGGGCUGUCGCUGCUGGGCUACUGCUACUACCGCCUGCAGGAGUUCGUGCUGGCCGCAGAGUGCUAUGAGCAGCUGAGCCAGCUGCACCCCGAACUCGAGCAGUACCGCCUGUACCAGGCCCAGGCCCUAUACAAGGCCUGCCUGUAUCCCGAGGCCACUCGGGUGGCCUUCCUCCUCCUGGACAACCCCGCCUAUCACAGCCAGGUCCUCCGCCUGCAGGCUGCUAUCAAGUACAGCGAGGGCGAUCUGCCAGGGGCCAGGGGCCUCGUAGAGCAGCUGCUGAGUGGGGAAGCAGGAGAAGAGAGCGCGGGAGAGAACGACCGCGAUGGCCAGGUCAACCUGGGUUGUCUGCUCUACAAAGAGGGACACUACGAAGCUGCGUGCUCCAAGUUCAUUGCGGCCCUGCAGGCCUCAGGUUAUCAGCCAGACGUUUCCUACAACCUGGCGCUGGCUUAUUACAGCAACCGGCAGUACGCCUCAUCUCUGAAACAUAUUGCAGACAUAAUUGAGCAUGGCAUCCGCCAGCACCCUGAGCUCGGGGUGGGCAUGACCACUGAGGGCAUAGAUGCUCGAAGUGUUGGCAACACCUUAGUCCUGCACCAGACUGCUCUGGUGGAAGCCUUCAACCUCAAGGCAGCCAUAGAGUACCAGCUGAAGAACUACCAGGUAGCCCAGGAAACCCUCACUGACAUGCCACCUAGGGCAGAGGAAGAGUUGGACCCUGUGACCCUGCACAACCAGGCACUCAUGAACAUGGAUACCAGGCCUACAGAAGGAUUUGAAAAACUACAGUUUUUGCUCCAACAGAACCCCUUUCCCCCAGAGACUUUUGGCAAUCUCUUACUGCUGUACUGCAAGUAUGAGUAUUUUGACCUGGCAGCAGAUGUUCUGGCGGAAAAUGCCCAUUUGACUUACAAGUUCCUCACCCCCUAUCUCUAUGACUUCUUGGAUGCCAUGAUCACCUGCCAGACAGCUCCAGAAGAGGCCUUCAUUAAGCUCGAUGCGCUAGCUGGGAUGCUGACUGAGCAGCUCCGGAAACUCACCAAGCAAGUACAGGAAGCAAGACAUAACAGGGAUGAAGAUGCUGUCAAGAAGACAGAGAAUGAGUAUGACGACACCCUUGAGAAAUACAUUCCUGUGUUGAUGGCCCAAGCAAAAAUCUACUGGAAUCUUGAAAAUUAUCCAAUGGUGGAAAAGAUCUUCCGCAAGUCUGUGGAGUUCUGUAAUGACCAUGAUGUGUGGAGGCUGAAUGUAGCUCAUGUUCUGUUCAUGCAGGAAAACAAAUACAGAGAGGCCAUUGGGUUCUAUGAGCCCAUCGUCAAGAAGCAUUACGAUAACAUCCUGAACGUCAGCGCUAUUGUAUUAGCUAACCUCUGUGUUUCCUAUAUUAUGACCAGUCAGAAUGAAGAAGCUGAGGAGCUGAUGAGGAAGAUUGAAAAGGAGGAAGAGCAACUGUCCUACGACGACCCAGAAAAGAAAAUCUACCAUCUGUGCAUUGUGAAUUUGGUGAUAGGAACACUGUACUGUGCCAAAGGAAAUUAUGACUUUGGCAUUUCUCGAGUUAUCAAGAGCUUGGAACCUUACAAUAAAAAGCUGGGAACUGAUACGUGGUAUUAUGCCAAAAGAUGCUUUCUGUCCUUACUGGAGAACAUGUCAAAGCACAUGAUAGUGCUUCGCGACAGUGUUAUUCGGGAGUGUGUGCAGUUUCUAGAGCACUGUGAACUUCAUGGCAGGAAUAUACCUGCUGUUAUAGAGCAGCCGCUUGAAGAAGAAAGAAUGCAUAUUGGCAAGAACACGGUCACAUAUGAGUCCAGGCAGCUGAAAGCUCUGAUUUAUGAGAUUAUAGGGUGGAAUACGUAGAUACAGCUGGGACACUUCUGUGAUAGAUGGCAGCUGCGACCACAACCAGUUAUCAAAUAUACAUACCGUGACUUCUGCAGUGUCAGAUGAGCUCGCACUAUGAUUAUCAAGAUUGGAUACUGAGAUACACGUCUGGAAUGUCUGCAAGUAGAGCCUGAAUGAAGAGCGCUGGGAUGAGCUCAUUUCUUGCAUCAUGAAACUGAGGCUCAGAGAGGUGAUUUGACCUGCCCAAGACCACAGAGCCAAAUACUUUGCUCUAAACUGAUCAUCUCAGCAUGCUUGUCUGCACAUUAGAACCACCUGGGAAGCUCUACAAACUCUCAUGGCCCAGGAUGCAUUUCAGAACAACUAAAGCAGAGUUUCUGCAGGAAAAACCCAGGUAUCAGUUUUUCUUUCUCGCCUUUCAAAACGCAUCCAAUGUUGAGAAGCUCUAGUCUAAGCCAACCAUUAGGAUCCCUCUUUCUGUGAUUGACAGGACUUGGGAUAUUACCCAGCCCUUACCAAGGCUUGAGAAGAAGGCUUGGGAGACUGCUAGGAAUGGGUUCUUCACUCAUUAGAAAAAAGGUAGAGGAUAUAAGAAUCUCUCUUCUUCAUCUGAAUAUUAUUGAUCUGAGUCUGUAGCCGUCAUCUUGUUAACAUAAAAACCAAUCUAAGCAUUGAUUUUGAAGAUACCAAAAAUAUAAAAAAACUUAGGUCCUUGAUGACAUCAUAUUGCCUACCCUGGAGCCCGAUCCAUCUCUGAGUCUCUUUUCAAAUAGAAAUAAUUAUCUUAUUUUUAAAAUGUUUGUUUCUGAAAACAGAAGACUGUUCUUGCCAUUGACAAAGAGUCUGUCUUUAACCAAACUGUUCACUGCCUCCCUUGAACAUUGCAACUUUUCAAUUAACUUUCGAACUACCAUGUAUGUUUUCACGCUGUCCAAGUUUCACAAGACUCCUGCUAAGGUGACUCAGCUAGAAUCCCCCUGCCUCUCUCUCUGAUCAUCCUUGAUAUGUGGUUUAAUUUCUCCUCCUCAACCGUGCCCCACAUAGCAUCUGAUCAUCCUUCAGCAGGAAUCCUGCUAGGACAAUUUAUCGAAAACUCCCUCCUACCCUGAUAUUUCCUCUUAAUAAUUUUCAGUCCACUGACUCUCACCUUACUCCAUGGCUAUAAAUUCUCACUCUGUAUUUGGAGCUGAGCCAAAUUUCUCUCCCCAACUACAGAAUUCCACUGCUGUUGCCCUUGAACCUAUGGAUAUAGUGUCCUCGUGCCCUGAACAGAGAAUGCUUUUCUGUCUUAAUAAUGUCAAAAAAUAAUUUUUUUUUCUUUAACUCCAUACAUCAGGCAUACAUUUUGAAUAUUGUCCAAGAGGUGAUGAAUCUUUAUGCAUAUGUCCAAACACUCUGUUAAUCCAGUGUUUCUUGAGAUCCAAUACCGUUCCCAAUUUCAGAUAAGAACAACAAAAUUAAUCGAUUUUGGAGGCUGGGGAUUUAGCUCAGCGGCACAGCGCCUGCCUGGCAAGCGCAAGGUCAUGAAUUCGAUUCCCGGUACCGGAAAAAAAAAAUUAAUCGAUCUUUUUAAAGACAACACCCGAAACCUUGACUUUACUAAUAUUAACUGAUUACAUGUUGUUUAAAUUGCAACAGCGUGCCAUUAAUUUCUUGCGAGAGAAUCAACUCACAUAAAAGUAAAUAGAAAAUUAAACCGACCUACCUAAGUAAACUAGCCCUGGGUGUAAAGCUUGAUCACUGCUGCUGGACAAAAACACAAGAUAAACACCAAUGCAUAUCGGGACUUGUAUGGAAAACAUAUUCUUUGGUUUUGGAAUUCUUUCCACAUUCAUGUAAAGCUGUUUCUGAAAACCCGAAUAAUAGAAAAAUAAAAAUGAAAAUGGAAACUGCA